AUGGCGCUGUCGGCCGGUACGCCCCUUACCGAGGGCCUGGUGAAGGCCAUCGAAGAGGGCAAGCGGCAAAAGGUGGAAGCACUCCUCGCAAAGGGAAUCGCCAGCGACAUUAAUGGCUACUACACGGCGCUGCAUUGGGCGUGCUACCACGGACGAGCGGAGUCCGUUCAGCUCCUCCUCCAGUACAAGGCCUUGGUCAACAUCAAAGAAACUCCAUUGCAUUACGCCUGUAAGCUGGCCAACAACAAGAUCAUGGAGAUGCUCCUCGGCUACGGCGCCGACCCCGACUCCUCAGGAGUUCCAUACGUCUUGCCGUGGGUGAUGGGCUGGCCCUUUAGGAUGUACUACCAAACGCCACUCGAGAUUGCCCUCACGAAGAAUCACGUCGAAGGCGUGAUCACGCUCCUCACCUUUGGUGCUCGAAUAACAGACAACGCAUACAAGAUACUGAGGAACCUCACCGAAAUCGAUCUCUCGUCGAAGAAUCUGAAGAAUGUGCCGGAGUGGGUCGAGCAGCUGACCAGCGCCAAGAAGAUCGAUCUGUCGUUCAACCAGAUCAACGUGCUGCCGUUCUUCCUGACCCAAAUGACCAACCUCAAGGAAGUCAGGCUCGAGGGGAAUCCGCUCGAGAGUAUUCCGACCGAGGUCAAGGAGGGCGGGCUCAAGCGUCUGCUGGUCUACCUCCGGCAGCUCGAGGUCUCGCGCGUGAAGUGGAACCGGGUGAAGCUCAUGUUCGUGGGCAAGGAGGCCGUCGGCAAAACCACUCUCCUCCGCGCCUUCCGCAAGCAUCUCGGCGACACCAAGGCUCCCCACUCGCCACGCAAGCACAGCGGCACGCUGAGCCUCAAGAGCUUUGGCCGCAUUAAGUCAAAGGACGGACCCACGCAGCUCAGCACGGACGGAAUCGAAAUGGGCGAGCUCAGCAUAAGCGAGUCGGCCCUGAACAAAAAAUUCAAGCCUGACAAGGAUGGCCCCGACAACGAAAUCAUUUUUCAGACGUACGACUUUGGAGGACAGCUGGUGUUCUAUCCCACGCACCAGUUCUUCCUCACUGCACGCUCCAUGUACCUGGUCGUGUUCAAUGUCACCAACGAGGAUCUCCACAACGUCCGAUACUGGAUCAAGCAGAUCCGGGCCAGCACCCAGGGUAUAUGCGAAUACGUCUCGUCCCGUGUGGAGACGCCCGUGUUCAUCGUUGGCACGCACAUCGAUUCCGAUCAGGAGGACACCAACAUCCGCAAGGUGGUGUUCGUGAGCUCCAAGACGAAGGAGGGCAUCCCGGAGCUCAUCAACGAACUCGUGCUCGGGGCCAAGAAGCACUCGUUCCUCAAGCAGGUCAUCCCCGGCUCCUACUUCGACCUGUUCCAGAUCCUCCAGAACAUGCGCAAGGAGGGCGCCCAAGCGCAUUCGAGCACGAUCUCGGAUUUGGGGUCAUCGGAGAACGUGCUGCUGACGACCGGCCCGCUCUCGGUGCGCAAGCGGGACAAGAAGGAGUACGUGCGAUUCAUCAACUGGGACCACAUGGUACGGCUGGGCCUGAGUUGCAAGAUCGAAGCGGACUCCAUCAACGAAGUGGUCUCCUUCUUCCACGACGUGGGCUGCUUGGUGCACUUUGACGACCCGUUCGGAUCGCUAAAGGAUUUGGUCAUCAUCGAUCCGCAAUGGUUGGCCGACGUGAUGAAGAGUGUCGUCUCGUUCAACAACAAGUGGAUCAAGAAUGGCCUCGUCGGCGAAAGCGACCUCCGUCAGUGGGUCUGGCGCGACUACCCGCCCGAACUCCAUUCCUCUCUCCAGAGAAUAUUCGAACGAUUCCAGGCAACAGAGCUGGACACCGCGUGGCCGUCGGCCUGUCCGGCGGGGGUCAUCCCGUUCGGUCGCUUCUACGAUCUCUCCUUCCUCCCCAUCGGCCUGUUCUGCCGGCUCAUCGUUCGGGUGUUGCACAUCCCGAAUGUCCAUUUUGUGGUGGCGUGGCGCAGCGGCUUGGUGGUGGAGCUGGAGGUGGAAGGGAGGAAGGAGACGCUCUUCAUGAUGCAACAGCUCGACCCGAGCUACCGCAUCAUCGUCUCCGCGCGCGUCGAGAAUGGAAAGCGGGGGAAAGACUCUUCGGCCAAGUUGAGCAAGCUGCUGGAGCAGGCCGUCUACAGCAUCGACAGUCUGCUCAUGGGCUGCGUCGGGCUUCGGGUCAUCAAGAAGGUGCUGUGCCCGCUGUGCAUGGCCGACUCUGGGUCCGGCCCCGCAACCGUUGGCGCCGACGCGAGCGGAGGAGAGGUCACUGCGACGGACGAGGGCGAGGCUCCCGCCGCUCCUCCUUCUCCGGCCGAGGUGCCGACGUUCUGCUAUCGCGAGGUCAUCGACUCGAUCCAGUCCAAGAAGAAGAUGGUGUGCCAGCGGGGCGGACACGAGGUGAGCGUGAAGCGGGCCGCGCCCGACCUGCUCCUGGCGGGCGUGCGCAGCAUCAAGGAGAGCGAGCUGCGCAAGGAGAAGAAGAUCGGCGACGGCGGGUUCGGCGUGGUCUACCGCGGCUCGUGGAACCGCACGGUGGUGGCCAUUAAGGAGUUGUCCCGAGCCGGCGAGCGUAACCUCGUGGAGCAGGGUCUGGAAGUGGAAAAGAACGACACACAGGACUUCAAGAUCUUUGACGAGUUCCGCCACGAGACCUUCUUGAUGAGCUACUUGGAGCACGACAACAUCGUGAAGCUCUUCGGAAUCUGCUACGAGCCCGUCUCGAUGGUAAUGGAGUACGUGCCGCGGGGCGACCUCCACCGCCUGCUGGUCUCCACCCAGAUGGCGCACGUGGCCUGCUCCCAUCCGUCGCACGACCACAUCAAGCCCAUCGGCGGCCUCUCUCCGGCGCCCGUCAAGCUGGGCGAUGUGGUGGCGAUUCACAAGGACUUGGAGAAUCAUGACAUGUGCGAGGUGGUGACCACCCACAACGUGCGGGGCAUUCUCCCGUCGGGCUGCCUCAAGCGACGACCCCCGCCGGUAUCAGAUGACCGCAUUCCGUGGCGGCUCCGAUGGCGCAUCGCGCUCGACGUGGCCAAGGGCAUGCGAUACCUCCACUCCUACCAACCGCCCAUCGUCCACCGCGACUUGCGCAGCCCCAACAUCUUCUUGGCCAGCACGUCGACCAGCGCACCCGUCGUGGCAAAGAUCGGCGACUUUGGUUUGGCCCAGCACGUCAAUUCGACGCUCGACGAGGCCCUGCGGACUUGGCAGUGGCUGGCUCCCGAGGUGUUGAGCCACAAGCGCGUCGAAUACGACGAGCGCUCCGACAUCUACAGUUUUGCCAUCGUCUUGUGGGAGAUCGCUACGCGACAGCUGCCCUACACGACCGAAUACUGGGACAAGUUCCAGCGGAAUGGGUACUUCCAGGCGAUGGACUGCCGUAACGCGAUCGUGGACGGCACUUGUCGUCCGACGCCGCCGCCCGCCAGCAGCGGCUGCCCGCCGAGCUUCGCCGCGCUCAUGCAGGCCUGCUGGCGGCACAACCCGCAGGAGCGGCCGUCGUUCGACGAGAUCGUGCCCACCAUCGAGGCCGAGCUCGCCAAGCUGGGCACCGAGACAGAAUCACGAAGAAAGGGCAAGUAA